GUAGAUUAUUUUGUUGUUUAGAAAAACUUCUGUACUUCUAGCAAGAGGCAUUAAGAACUGCUCACAUUGCAUCACGACUUUGUAUAGUUAAAAAAGAAAGAUAUGACAUUAUGUUCUUUUUUGUGAAAAAUGCUAAUCUACCGGUAACGUCUUUCUGCUGUUUGUGGUUGCUGUGGUUUGCCGGCCUGGCAUCCAGCUUGAAUAUCACUUUCGUUACAUACGGUUUCGGAAAUGUUUUUGGAAGAGGCAGUGGUACACGGCAUACUGCUGCUGGUUUGGAUGUGGCCAUCAGUGAAUUUAAUAACGGGCUAUUUUCUACGUCCAAGAAUUUAAAUUUAACAUGCAGUCAAGUAAUCCUGGAGAUAGCAAACGCCACAGACUGUAAAGAUGCCGAAGCCAACGCGAACAUGGUUGCAGACUACUACUACAAAAGAGCUUGGGACGAUGACAAUAUAAUGACCUUGAUUACAUCAGGAUGUGGGGAUUCCUUAAUUGUUGGUUCUUUGGCUGGAGAGUGGGAUGUUUUCAUGGCAGCCACCGCUUUUAGUUACCCCGAUACACGUGACCGGGAUGCUUAUCCCAGUUACGUGACGUUUUCCAGCAUCCAGGUCUCCGUGAUCGUCGAUACCAUGCUGGCUUUUUUCGAUCGCUUUAACUGGACCAAUGCUGGCGUCAUUUAUGAUAUGAGCGGGUUGCCCAGCUAUUAUGAACUCAUUGGGACAAUGAAAACCCAGACGGCCAUGGUGGGGUCACCGGUACAAUUCGGUUAUCAUGGAGUGCGUUUGGAUAAAGCCUUCGCGCCUAAAUCUCUGCUUCUCACCGUAAAAACCUACGCAAGAAGUAUGUGA